GUUUAAUAUUUUAUUGAGAAAUAUAAUUAUUCUGAUGAUAAUUGAAAAUAUUCAAUUUUUCGUCUCACUUUCGUAGAGGUAGCACUACAAAAAUCUUCAACUAUGAAUAGGGAUACGGCUAAAAGUAGAAAAACACGGUCUGCCUCAAUUUGUGCACCUGGAUUUUCUAGCAUGGAGCAAAUUUUGAGCGCCGUAUCGGCCGGAUCCGAUAUAAAAGGAAAGGAAGAAAAGAAGGAACGUGAAGGAGAUAGUGGAACAGGAACUCCAGAUAGUGGAAGUACUCCCACUCGACGACGACGCCCAGCUACUAGAUCUCAAAGUGCUAGAGUUUCUGGAGGUAGUAAGAGUAUCCGACGUAAAGCUGCUGCACAAGCAGCUAAUCAUCACUAUCAGCAUCAUCAUCAUCAUCAUCAUCAGCAGCAGCAUCAUCAACAACAACAACAACAGCAUGGCGGUGGCAUGAAAUCUCCUCACUGCAGCAGUGAACCGCGAUUAACUGACAAUGAUAUAAGUCCAGGUCUUAGACGGAGAGGUAGCCGACGAGGUCAGAGUAUGCACCAUGUGCAUUACAGAAAAAGUAAUGCUUUUUUGGAUGUACCUGACAUUAAUGUUCAGCCUCCUCAACGGCGGGAAGACGAAGAUGAAGAAAGUUACAGAUUAAGGAGUUUCAGUUUAACGAGCAAAGGGGUCGUGAACAGAGGUGAUUCAUUUCGAAGAAGACGAUCGAGAUCGAAUUCAUUGGCUCUUAACGAUACUGAAGUUGACAUGAAAUCUGCACAACCAGCAAAAAAAGUUAUUUCUUACACCGUUGGCAUGCUUGGGGCACGUGGAGUAGGAAAGACCGCACUCAUUAGUCAAUUCAUGACCAGCGAAUGUAUCAACGCUUAUGAUCGCCAGAGAGAUGAUGUACCCAGUGAACAAUCAGUUUUCGUCAUGUUGAAUGGUGAAGAGAGUGAAUUGAAGUUCGAGAACAUAACAAAUUUAAAGACAGAAUUGGACCAAAUACCUGAGGUAGAUGCUUUUAUCAUAAUGUACUCUGUCAUUGACAAAUCCUCUUUUCAACGAGUUGAAGAAUAUUUAACUCAACUCCACGAUCGGGAUCUACUGCGUACUCAUCCUGUUAUUCUUGUGGGUAACAAAGUUGAUCUCGUUCGGUCAAGAGCGGUUUCAAUACAAGAUGGAAAAUGCAUCGCUUGUACCUAUCGUGCCAAGUUUAUAGAAAUCUCAGUAGGAAUAAAUCAUAACGUCGACGACUUGCUCGUAGGUAUUUUGAAUCAGAUACGCUUGAAAAAUCGUUAUUUGGAGAGCAAGGGAGCAAAUAGCAGCAGUAGUGAAAGUACUAACACCCAUUGGUAUAAAUCGAGAGGUGUAAUUCGAGCAAGUAUGAAAGCACGACAAAUGUUGACCUGGUUGUUUGGGAAAGAAAACAGUAAAUUUAAAAAUUGUGAAAAUUUACAUGUGCUAUGAAUUAUAACAUCAGCUAUGGUACUAUCCUGUGUCUGCAUUCAAUGGCCUUUGGAUAAAAUUCAAAAUUUCUGCCAUUGUGGGACAACGAUUCAAAUUGAAAUUCACUGCUGAUUGAUAGUCAGUAAAUGAAUCAAAUUCAUAUAUUUUGAUAUCAUUUGUAUCACGUAUCACAUAAAUUUUCCUGUAGUAUACUUAUUAUUAGAGACGUAUUUAUAAAAGAAUGGAAUAUGAAAGAUUCAAUCUAUGUUUAUUUGGAAUAAAAUGAUAUUCCAUCAGUAAGAGGGGAAUAUUUUAGGGGAAGAAAAAUCACUUGUCAUUAAAGUAUGUUGACCUUCAUCAAUUAUUACACAAGUAAAUAUCAAACGGAUGAUGAGCAAAAAAAUCUGUCUUCCUCCAAUAUAUAUUAUACAUAAAGUGCCGAAUCAAUGACAACAUUGAAUAAAUUGAAUAAACUUGUUGAGAGAUUAGUGUCGAGUAUAGCAGACAGACUGAGACUUGAUUCCCGAAGAGGCAAACAAAAACAAAAAAAUAAUAAUAUACAUUUCCCUUGUGUGUUCAAGAUCUUGAUGUGAAAAGUAGUUGAUAUGGACUUAUUUUUGUGUAAAUUCCAUAACUUUUCUUUUUCAUAACUUUUAAUUACAAUAUGAAGACAAUCAAGUUUGAUGGAAUUAAUGAAAUUGCAAGAAACAGGAUUCUUAAAAUCCUUUUUAUAGGUGUUAUAUUUAUAAAUCGAUCAUUAUAUUGAACCAUGAAUUAUUGAUGAUGAUGCCGAUUAUAUUGGUAAAAAUCGCAAGAUAGGAGCAUUAUAUAUUAUUGUCAGUUUUUUAAUAUUAAUAAGAAAAAACGCAAUUGAUAAUAAAAUUA